UUUGGUCAUAAUAAGACCAUUUCUCAAAGUUUGGGUAUGAGCCCCAGGUGGAUUACUAGAUCUGGAAUUAUCCCUCUCCAAUAUACUGGGUUGUAAUCCCUGUAAAUUUGCUCUAAGCCAUUUACCAUGCAUGCCUUGACUGCUAUAAAAUUACCACAUAGAAUUAGAAGUAUAAAAUCAAGUAGCCUAAUAUGGUGGAGAUCACUCCAUACAUAUGUUAUUGAAUUUUCGUUUGGGGGGCUGCCUGCCCAUUAGCCCACGCAGAUAGGACUUUCAUUGAUCCGCGUCGUUUUUCCCCCCUCGGUUCUCACUCGCGUCCCACGGCAGGGCGAUGAAGCUGACUGGAAAUCGUCUCCUCAGCUGAUGUUAGAAGCUAGCGAAAUUUCUCCCGUAAUCAGCCGCUUACAAUCUGAGGCUUAACAUGAAUUUGACAUUUCUUGCUCUAACAGUCUUGGUCGCGAUUAGCGGCUGCUGUUAUUCCAGCAGCGUGCCCUCAUUCAUCCUGCCGUUCACCGACUGCGUCCAGAGCCGUGGGAAAGACGGUUUCUACCGGGGAGCGAUAGACGUCACGGAGUCCGGCACCCGGUGUAUGAACUGGACCGAGGUCGCCGGCUUCAAGGAGCGCUACCCGGGCAAAGGGAUAGGAGAGCACAAUCACUGCCGCAACCCGGACGGCAGGAUCCGACCAUGGUGUUUUUUCAGGAAUCACAGAGGCAGAGUGGACUGGGGGUAUUGCGACUGUAAACAAGGCUCAGUGCGUCUACAAGGAGGCCGCUCCAAACUAGAUGGCAGGGUGGAAGUCUAUCUGGGAGGAGUCUGGGGGCCUGUUUGUAGCGACGACUGGGGGGACGAAGAUGCUGCAGUGGUUUGCAGACAGCUGGGCAAAGGGAUCUCAGGCCGCGCACGUGCAGUUUCCCUGUUUCGUCCAGGCACUGCUAAAUUCCAUUGGAGGGCGGUCCAUUGCCAGGGAGAGGAGCCAGACCUGCUCCAGUGUCCUAAGACUACUUGGAAUGGAGGAGAGUGCUCUUUGGCUGCCGCUGUCACCUGCACCCAACAGCAAGUAGCAACGCUCCCUAUACGGCUGGUGGGAGGUCAGUCAGGGUCGGAAGGCACAGUUGAGGUCUUCCAUGCAGGUCAGUGGGGUUCCAUAUGUGACGACCAAUGGGACGACAGCGAUGCAGAGGUGGUGUGUCGACAGCUGGGACUGAGUGGUGUAGCAAGGGCAUGGGGCCAGGCACAUUUUGGCAAGGGUUCAGGCCGUGUGUGGCUGGAUGAGGUGCGUUGCACAGGCAAUGAACUCACGCUGGAGCAGUGUCCAAAAAGUGCUUGGGGGGAACACAACUGUCUGCACGCUGAGGAUGCGGGAGUAUCCUGCAGCCCUCUCACAGAUGGUUCUGUUAGGUUGGUCGGGGGUACAGGAAGCCACGAGGGACGUUUAGAAGUCUUUUACCGUGGUCAGUGGGGCACAGUGUGUGAUGACGGCUGGACAGACUCUAACACACAAGUAGUGUGUCGACAGCUUGGUUACAGGUUAGGCGAGACUCUGCUUUCUGAAGGGCUAGACAUCACCCCAGUCCCACGAUUUGGGGUGGGGUCUGGUCCCAUUCUCUUGGAUGAUGUGAGCUGCACGGGGAAAGAACCUAGCCUAUUGCUGUGCAACAGGAGGGAGUGGCUCCGUCAUGACUGCACACACCAUGAAGAUGUAAAUAUCGCAUGCAGUCCUGAGCGCAAUGGAGAGAGUCUUCCAACGAGUGUGCCAGUAAGGCUUGUGGGAGGAGAGAGCCCUAGUGAAGGCCGGGUGGAGCUCUAUCUGUCCGGUCAAUGGGGGACCGUGUGCGAUGACGGAUGGACCGACCGUGACGCUGAGGUGGUGUGCCGACAGUUGGGCUACAGCGGCGUGGCAAAGGCCCGUGUGAUGGGAUACUUCGGGGAAGGGACAGGGCCCAUCCAUGUGGACAACGUGAAGUGCGGUGGCGAGGAGCGUUCCUUAGCGGACUGCAUCAAACAGGCACCUGGCACACAUAACUGUCGCCACAGUGAGGACGCUGGGGUCAUCUGUAACUACGGUGAAUCGCAGCCCAGCUACAAAGAGGUCAAAGAUCCUGUCAACUCAAUUUGUGGUCUGCGGCUCAUACACACUCGCCAGCGCCGGAUCAUAGGAGGAGAAAACUCUCUGAGGGGUGGCUGGCCAUGGCAGGCUGCAAUUCGUUUGCGAGGCUCUCGUGGAGAUGGGAGGUUGGUGUGUGGAGCGACACUCAUCGACUCCUGCUGGGUCCUUACCUCAGCGCAUUGCUUCAAGAGGUAUGGAAACAGCACCAAGCAAUAUAAAGUCAGAGUGGGCGACUACCACUCCCUCGUCCCUGAGGAAUACGAAGAGGAGUACGGUGUUGAUCAAAUUCUCCUCCAUCCAAGCUACCGCUCUCACAGCAACGAUCACGACCUGGCCUUGGUUCGUCUGUCACCAGGGGCAGUGGGCCAAAUGCCGGGAGAGUGUGUGUCAUUCAGCCGUCAUGUCCUUCCCGCCUGUCUGCCAAUGAGGAAGGAGAGAGUGCUCAAACAAGCCAGCAACUGUCACAUUACCGGCUGGGGUGACACAGGUCGCUCAUACUCCAAGACCCUACAGCAGGCCCCCCUCUCUGUGCUUCCGCGUCGCCACUGCCAGCAGCAUUUCCACAGUGCCUUCACAAGCCGCAUGCUCUGUGCCGGCAGCGCCCAGUCGGAAAGGCGCGUGGACAGUUGCCGUGGUGACAGUGGCGGACCACUGGUGUGUGAGCGUCCGGGAGGGGGUUGGGUGGUUUAUGGGGUCACGUCCUGGGGUCAUGCCUGCCGGACACAACAGUCCCCUGGAGUCUACACCAAAGUUUCUGCCUUCAGCUCCUGGAUACGAAAGGUGAUUGAACGUGAUGAGAAGAAGCGAUGAAAGGAGAAGGUCAAACUGAAACAACUGACCUCUCCACUAGAAACAAUGACUCUUGAGACUUACUCAGUUGGUCAGGUGACAACUGACAUGAUAAAUAUCAGUCAUGAAUAACUGAUGUCGUGAUGUUAUGACAGAGAGAGAGCAACGCUGGACAUUUUACCUUCUUUUUUUUGAAGAGAAGAGGGCAUAUGUUUUCCCUCAUCUACACCAUUAGCACUUAUUUUAAUGAUUUAAUAUUCUCAUGAGCAGCAAGAUUUUGGACAGUAUUAAAUCUUAACUCAAGAAUAUGCCAUAACUUAAAUAUCAUUUUGUUGUUUCUUGUGACAUUGCAUACCACACUAUAAUGUAUUUUUUCAGGAAUGUUUUCUUUUCUUGCUUUUGUCAUAAAGUUUUGUUGUAAUUUAUGAUAUAAAAUAUGUGAGUUAAAAUGUUGAAAAGGGACCACACAUGCAGCACAUAGAAUAUACAAACAUACCUUCAUGCAUUCACAGUAAGUAAUGGCAUGAUAUGAAUUUGCAGACUUGCACGAGGAACCCUCAUUUGGUACUUAAUGCAUGACAUUCGGUGCUUUUGUGUCAAUCACUCUAGUCAUAUUGACAAAGUGAAUUUUGUCUUUCAACCUCACUUCAUUCUUGUUAUGUUAAGUUUCUCGAUUGUGUUCUUUUACUUUCAGGUCUUAGUAAUUACUCAGGCAUUUAUAAUUUACUGUAUAUCCAGUCAGUAUUUGUCCUUGUCUCAGCUGCGCUUAACAUUUGCAGAGAAAGGAACAGACAUCAAAGUGUUUCCGAGUCAAAGCACAAAACAGUAUUUCUAAGUGUUGAUUUCUUAUAAUGACACUGUUAAUUCAUGUUCUUUUGUCCUGGUGGGAUAGCUCAGUGUUGUCACGGAUUUGACGACACUGAAGGAAGACAAUCUGUUACACUUGAAAAAAAAAAAAAACAGACACUACACUGCCUUCUCAUCUGGUGUUUACUGACUGUGUGUUUUUUGUUUUAUUGUACUGUAACAUCUCUUCAUAAACUAAGAUUUUGUAAAAAGUAAGAGGUUCUUGUGUGAUCAAUCAACCACUUUAAAUACUCUGUUUCUGUUAAAAACAUUUUCGUGUUACUAAGUGGUCGUGGCAUUUUGUGUUACAUGUUUUCUGCCACUCCCACAAAACCUUUAAGGUUGACAGCAGUUAGAACAACAGGUUUUGUUUUUUUUUUCUGGCAGCAAACUGUCAAAAUGAGCACCACCAUGUCAGCCAAUGUAUGCACACACACCCACACACAGUGUCACUGGUAUGUCACACAGUGUCUACAGGAAUGGCUGCCAUUUUCUGAGUUACAAGGCAAACAUGUUGACUUAACACAGAUUUAAGAACUGGGACACAGGACACACUGAAAAGAAAGUAUCUCCGAACCUGUCCGCCUGAAUUUUGCUGAGGCCCAGCAGAGUUACAAUAGAGUUACAAUACAAUAGAUUUUGGUAAAAACUGAAUUACGUGUGUCGAUCAGAAUCAAAGGUUGAACAAUGGUAGUUGUACAAAGGUAUUUUGCACACAAAUUAACACAGAGGCAGAUAGUUUAUGGAACUAAUGAGCCCAGAAAGAAUUUGGAUUAUUAUGGGAGUAAAUAUGCAGCACCAUCAUAAUCUGUCUUCUUUUAAAUCUGGUUCAAUCUGAUUCAAAGAACUUCUUUCAGCUACAACAUAGUUGUCCCUAUUGUCUAAGAGCACCCCCCUGUGGUCAUUAUCACACAUUACAAAACAGACACUGGUGCUAUUUUUAUGUGGUAAAUAUUAUAGAAAAUCACACAUCAAAAAAACUUUAACAUAUCAAACAUGGUUCAUGGGGUGUCCUUUUGUCUUUGGACUGAGAUAAAUGAUAAGAAAUUAAAAAAAUAAAAUAGUUUAAAAAUAAAAUGAUAAACAAUUAAGACAAAUAUAAAUGCACGUGUGUCAACUAAAUCUAAGGGUUCACUGAAUUUCAUAAUGUACAUAUAAGGUUGAUUAUGUAACUUUCAUGGUAGUGCCUUUGUGGACAUUUUUUGUUCUUGUGUUGGCUUUGAUGUCAGAUGUUAUCUUUGUACAUAAUAUCUGCUGAUUUUAUUUUUUAAACCUCUAUGCUUCAGUUCUAUUUAAAUAAUUCAGCAUAUGAGACUAAUAAUCAAAAUAUGGUGAAAAAAUAUUCAAAUAAAUAAUAAGCAUUGCCCUUUUUGUCUUUCUCUUUUUGCUAAUCCCAAGAGACUAGAUGUCACCAGAGGUGGUGCAGAACAGAAGGU